AUGAUCUCAUUUUAUUUGGUUUUUAUUUCGCUGGUGGUGGCUCUUGGUGGGUUCGUGUAUGGAGUGGAUUCGGGAAUUAUCGCUACCACACUUGGCCAUGACAGCUUCAAAUACUACAUGCUUGGUCCCACGGGCGUUAAUGCUCCGCUGACUGGCGCUAUCGUAUCCUUGUACAACGUCGGCCAGGCUAUUGGCACCUUUGCAGCAGGGUACUCGGCCAACAAAUUUACGAUAUUCGGCGCGGCGCUACAAAGCGCAUCAAUCAAUGCUGGCAUGAUGAUUGCCGGACGCUUCUUCGCUGGUGCUGCCUGUGGAAUGCUCCUGACCGUCGUUCCAAUCUAUAUCGCCGAGGCGUCACCUCCACAAAACCGCGGUAUGGUCGUUGGUCUGCAGGGGAUGAUGAUUGCUAUCGGAUUUUUCGCUGCCAACUGGAUUGGAUAUGGCGGUGCAUACGCAAAUGGCAAUGCCCAGUGGCGUAUCCCGCUAGCAAUGCAAAUUCCAGGUCCUCUUCUGCUGGUGAUUGGGUGUUGCUUCAUUCCCUAUAGUCCUCGAUGGUUGGUCCAACAAGAACGGCAUGAGGAAGCUCGCGCGGUCCUGAUCGCCUUACAUGGCAAAAACAACGAAAUUCUUGUCGCACAGGAGUUAUUCCAGAUACGAGAACAAAUCCAACUGGAAGCAUUGGCAGGCACAAGCUUCUACUCCGCCCUGCGACAGCUGCUUUCACGACGCUAUAUCCACCGCACCUCUUUAGCCUGCUUCAUACUCAUAAUGGGCCAGUUCAGCGGCUCCUCCGUCAUCCAGAACUACCAAAGCAUAUUUUACAAGGCCGUCGGCUUCACCGGCAAAACAUCCCUGCUUAUCAGUGGUGUGUACGGCAUCAUGGGCGUGAUAGGCCAGAUGAUCUACCUCUUCAUCGCUGCCGACAGGUGGCCUCGAACCCGCACGCUAUGGGUAGGAUCUAUUUUCCUGAGCGCCAUGGUCGCCAUCUGCAUGGCGUUGUCGGCCAUUUAUGGAUCUGGUUCGACCAACGUGAACGGCGCGCGUGGCGCCAUCGCCAUGAUAUUCAUAUACUCCGCAGGCUAUGCCGUUUUCUUCAAUGCCAUGGUUUGGGUAAUCCCUUCCGAACUGUUCCCGUUUAUCCUCCGGUCGGCGGGAAUGGGCCUGGGCGUCUUCAGCAAGUCAGUGUCGGCCAUCAUCUUGUCCCAGAUCACCCCCGUAGCCCUCGAAAAUGUCGGAUGGAAGUACUACGCGCUUUUCAUUGCGACCAAUUUUGUCGCAGCGUUUGUGUACUACUUCUUCUUGCCCGAAACCGGUGGAAAAUCUCUCGAGGAAAUUGCGGAGCUGUUUGGCGAUACUUUGGCCACUGCGCACCUCGACCAGAUGGAGGGGGAUGAGAAAUCUGUGCAGCCAGUCCAUGUGGAAAAAGUGGUGUGA